AUGGGGUACAACAGGCAACACGUGGUAGGUCUAGAUUUCGUGGUGUUCGCACUCGAGGACCUUGUGGUCGUGGAACUCCUGGAAGAGGUGAUGGCCGUGGUGGGCAUGGUGCGGUUACACCAGCUAGAGGUCGAAGUGUACGAUAUCGUGGUCAAGACAAUGAUCAACAUAAUGACGAUCGCCUGUUCAAGAUACGCAGAGAAGGAUCUCUCUAUUGAUGAGUCCAUGGUACUUUGGCAUGGCAGAUUGCUGUUUCGCCAGUAUAUCAAGAAUAAAUGUCAUAAAUAUGGAAUCAAACUCUAUGAACUGUGCGAGCCUCGAGGCACUGUUCUGAAGAUUCAGGUAUACAGUGGCGUCCACCUAACUGAUGAUAACGGCUAUGGUCAAGCUGCUGCAACUGUUCUAGACCUCUUGGACGGCUACCUAGACAAAGGCCAUGUGGUGUACACAGAUAAUUAUUACAAUUCUGUGAGUCUGGUGAAGAAGAUGACAAACCGAUCAACCUAUCUUUGUGGAACUCUGCGAUUUGACAGAAAAGAAAAUCCAAAAGAUUUGAUCAAAUAG